AUCCGGUUUUAACAGCAACAAUGUUUUAAGAUUUGUCAGGAAUCAAUAGAGGUUUUUCAUCAUCUGAACCUACAGUUCUGUUGAUGCUGGAUACGCUUUCUCUCUUCAGUUCUUUGGUUGCAGCCUUCUUAGAUGGAGGCUUAGGCAUUAAGAAGUGCUUCUCAAGGUUCAUGAAAGGGACUUCUGCAUACAUGCUGAAUGGGAUCGCGAACAAGAAUGAGAUAGGAGCUACGCCGAGUACAAGCCACCAAGCGUUGAGGUUAGACAUCCACAAGCCUUGUCUUAGAUCAGCAAGGAACAUUGUGAUCCAUGGAAUGUGCAUCAAGUAAACACCAAAUGUGAUCCUUCCAAGUACUAUCAUUGUGUUGUUUCCAAGCAAGUGCUUGAUCCAUGGCAACCUCCCUUGGAAAGUAGGAAUGAUGAUUAAGAUAACUCCAAGAACAAAGAAUGAUCUAGCAAAAGCAUUGUAAAGCAUGUUUGAAGUUUUUGACCAAGGAUUAGAGUUCAAUUUCUCUUUGUAGAAACUUAUUUGAAUGAACACAAAAAUGUAAUGAAAAACAAGCCUGUAAAGAAAUAUAGAUAAGUCACCGAUGUCGAGUACUUUGGGGCCAUCAUGAUCUUUGUUGAAAGGGAAGGUCUGAUUUCUUCUAAGCUCUCAUCAGCCAUCUUUUUCUUAUCUUGCUUGUACUCAUAAUACAUGAACCCAAAAAUAGCUCCAACUCCAUAAGCUGCGAAUCUACUCCAUGGCUUUAAGUAAACUAGGUUAAAGAAAUCACCUCCUCCAAAUAUAAGAAAGAUAAUGCCAAGAUCAUUUUGAGCACAUCAAGAGGGCAACCAGAGCAUAUCCAACUAUUUUAUUCCGACAAUAGAAAAAGAUAAUAAUUGGAGAGAUCAGGAAAAACUCAAAGUCAUUGGCCAAGUACCAGAACCAGGACAUGCACACAUUCGCAGAGCUCCAAGGAAUCAGAUUACUAAUAAAAAUCAGGCUAGACCACCAAAACUUCUUGCAAUUCAUAUCCCAUGACUGUUGGAAGAAAGGGCCAGAUCCAAGAUGCUUAAAAAUAAAAUUACUCAAUAGGAUACAGAAGAGAGCAGGAGUGAAAAGUCUAAACCAUCUGUGGAAGUAGACCAUUGGGAAGUUAGUACAUCCCUUUUUGGGAUACAUUCUAACAGUCAAGAGGUAAAAGGUCAGGAAUCCAGACAUCAUAAAGAACACAUCAACUGCAAAGAAUCCUCCUGGGACUAUGACAAAAUAAAAUGUUUGACAUUGGGGCUCCAGAUCCUAUCAUGAAUACAUGGCCUGCAAUAACCCAGCAAAUACUGAACACUCUAAUUCCGUUUAGAAUCGCCAGGUCAUCGUCUCCUUUGUUCUUUACCUCAAAUAGUUUUUGAAGGUUAUUUUUGAAUGAGAAAGAAUGCAAAGUAAGCCCAAGUUUAUUUAGUUUCUGUUCUGGCUUCUCACUCGGAAUAGAAUCAGGUUUAAUAAAUAUCGGAAUAUACUCAGUAAAACUUCCUGCUAUUCC